AUGAGUGAUUAAGACUCUUCUCAUAUUGCACUUAUUGUUGUGUUCAGUAUAUUUAUUGGACUCUACUUAAUUAUAUUGACUAUCUUACACUGUUUUGGAAAGAUAAACAAUAUCAUAUUUCCAGCUCCACUUCCGACGUAUGAUGAAAAAUAUUUUGAGGGCAAACUUUAUUUUGCAAACCUUUAUAAUUAAGAUGGUAAUUUGGGUAAAACUAAAAUAAACGUAGUUAAUGGAAAACCAACUGAUUAUUCAUAAAAUCUUGAAAAAGUUAGAAGCCUUCCUUAUGUUUAUAUUAAAAAUAUAUAUUCAGAAACGAAUUUAUAUAUAAUAUAUUUUCAUGGUAAUGCAGAAGACAUGUACAUAUUAUAUUUAAUGGGUUUAGGUAUGCAGCUUCUAUAUUUAUGGAAUAAUUAAUGAAAAUGAUAAAUGCAAAUAUGUUUGUAAUAGAAUAUCCAGGUUAUGGUAUAUAUAGGAAUUUCUAAGCAAAUUCAACAUUAAUAGAGCAAGAUUCAUUAGUAUAUUACGAUGAAAUUAAAAAGGAGUUCAAAUUAAAUGAUGAAUAAAUCUAUGUUUUUGGAAGGUAAGUUAUAAUUUAUAUUAAGAUCAAUUGGCACUGGGCCUUCAUUUUAUUUAGCUAAUUAAAGAAAUAUUAGAGGAUUAAUAACUAUGUCUGCUUAUAAAUCAAUUAGACAUAUAAUAAGUGAUUUUUGUUAUGGAUGUGGAUGCAUUUUAAACUUCUUAUGUUGUUUGCCUAAUCUCUUUAGAAAUUUAGAAAGAUCAUAAGAAAUUAAAUGUCCAAUAGUGUUGAUUCAUGGAUUAGAUGAUCCUCUAAUUAAAUCACAUCAUUCCUAAGAAAUCUAUUAAAAGUAUUUAAUAUUAUAAUAAUUUAAGUCUUCCUAUUAAUAUUUAAUAAUAAUCAAAUCUCCAUUUAAGGCCAAGAAUGACACAUAAUGAAUAUGAUAUUGAUGACGAUAUUGCAUGUCCAAUAUUAGAAAGUUUUACUGAUUUAAAAUAGAAGAAAUUUUCAUGA